CCUCAAUUACAAACACCCACAAAAACAUACAUACUCCAAAUCAAACAUUCUAUCAAAAUGUUGAUCCCUAGUCUUCUUAUGUUUUCUCUUCUCUUUGUGUCAUCGUUUGCAUCAGUUCAGGACUUCUGUGUAGCCGAUUUGAAACAAUCGGAUACCCCUUCCGGCUUCCCAUGCAAAGACCCCAAGAAAGUAACAGAAGCUGAUUUUGUUUACUCCGGGAUUGGUAAAGCCGGAAACACCACCAACCUCAUCAAAGCUGCUGUCACUCCGGCAUUCACUGCUCAGUUUCCGGGUGUCAAUGGGCUCGGAAUAUCCAUUGCGAGGUUGGACCUAGCCGUGGGUGGGGUUAUCCCGAUGCACACUCACCCUGGAGCCUCGGAGCUUUUGGUUGUCAUCGAAGGGACCAUUUGUGCUGGGUUUAUUUCUUCUGCUAAUACUGUUUACUUUAAGACGCUGAACAAAGGAGAUAUUAUGGUGUUCCCACAAGGUCUGCUUCACUUUCAGCUAAAUUCCGGUAAGAGUAGUGCUCAGGCGUUUGUUAGCUUCGGUAGUGCGGUGCCUGGACUUCAGAUUACUGAUUUUGCUCUGUUUGCUAAUGAAUUGCCAACCGAGUUGGUGGCGGCGACUACUUUCCUUGAUGUAGCACAGAUUAAGAAACUCAAGGGUGUUCUUGGUGGGUCUAAUUAAGGUUGUAUUCGGGUUUUCUAGUUCUUGAUUUAUCUUCUAUCUUGGUGGUGUUGUCAUUGUUGUUUGUUUAUUGUGGUACCAAGCAUCUUGAUGUUUGGCUGCGUCGAUUUUAAGGUUUUCUUUUUCUUUGUAAGCUUAGGACUUUUUUUUAAUUGUAAUGCUGUAAUCUCAAAUGAGUGUGAUAUAAUUGGUCAUAAGCUUUGAAAUAAGCAGCAUUUUUGCUGA